AAUCACAUGCGAUGAUACGAUACUAGUCGUCAUUCUCUUAAUGUAUUGCUAUAAUAAACAGAUGUGACACGAUAACAGACGGUUUUACCUAUCUCUGGCGACUAGGAUCAAAUUUAGUGUUCCCGACACGCUCCCGCCGCCUGUAUUUUAUGUAUCUUUCAUAGGUUAUGACCAUAAUAGAUUUAUUGACGAAUAAAUUGAUGUUACUCUACAAUCACCGAAAACAACACAAGGAGAUACAACUAAUGUCUGACCCCAAAAACUGAUUGCAGUUCACCAGAAACACGUUAAUUUACUUACCUCCGAUAUACCUAAAUAUAUAGGUAUUGUUCUUUGUAAUCAUGUUUUUGAAGACAUCGCGGGAGACAUCCUGAAAUAACACGUAUUUGCAGCGACGAUGCGCCCGCGCCGCGGCGCUACCGUCGCGCGCUUAUCCGACGCCAUUUUCACACAAUCCCCGAGCUUUCCCGCACACAGAUCAGUAAGCAUCCCCCGCAGCGGCAGUGUUGCGAGACACGAGUCGUGUCGCAAGCCGUGGUGCCCUUGCACGUGCUGUCCUCACAUUACGUGUCGCUCUCCUACUCUACACUCAUUUGGACAAUCAUUUAAGUGAAAAUCAAGUUAUACAAGAUCCGAUGACACUCAUUGAAAAAGUCCAAGAAGGCAAGGAAGACAUGACUGACAUCACGAUGAAAGAAGAGUUGGCGAAACCUUCGCGGCCUGUCAGAAACAGACGAUACACUCGAAGGAGCUUAGUAGCGGGCCAGCGUCCGCAAAAGAGGCUAUUCACACCAGAAAUUAAGCGAUAUCUCAAAGACUGGCUGGUGCGACGAAGAGAUAACCCGUACCCAAACAGAGAAGAAAAAAAAUAUUUGUCUCGCGAAACUGGCCUCACAUACAUACAAAUUUGUAACUGGUUUGCAAACUGGCGAAGAAAGUUGAAAAAUGUAAAUGUAGAUAGAAAUCAGCAAACGUGGGGCCAUCUGAUCCGCACAUACAACGAUCGCGCACAGGGCAAUGUGGAACAGUUUAGCAUUUGUUCCGAUGACAGCAUAUGGAGCGAAUCCGAUCCCAACAACCCUGACGACAACUUAGACCAUGAUGGGGACCUAUCAGGCAGUCCCGAAACCAUAACAGAAUACCACCACGACGAUUCCGACACAUCUUCCAAUAUGAAAGACAAGUGUGUCAACUUCAACAAUAACUCUUACAAAUCGGAUGCAAACGAAAAUAGGAACGAAGAAACCAAAGCGAUUACAAGCCCGAUGUUACUCAGCAAGUGGCUAGAGAGCGCUGCCCGGUUCCAACCAAGUGAGUGCAACUACUCGUGGUGGGGUGAUGGUAAAAGAAGAAAGCCAGAUGCAAAGAUCCAGCGGAUUUCAGUAAAUACGAUGUCGAGACAUGACCGGGACGAGGUGGAGGCUGCAGUGGCCCUCACUGCUCUAGCGUCUGCUACCAGUCGUAUUUCUGCGCCAUGACACCAUAGACGCAACGUGUUAUUUGUUUAUGAUUUUUAAAUGGAGAAUAAUGUUAGAUACUCUUUGUAAUAGAGUAACUGCCAGUAUGAUUAUUGUUUGUAUUUGUUAGUUAAGUUUACCAACUACGUAAAUAAAAUUUACUAUUACGUAAUGCCAAUGAAAACAGUGUUGCUCAAGUAUUAUUUAAAGUGUAAGUUGAUCGUGGAAGCAAUCGUGCUCGUAUAGUCAUUAACUUUUGAUCUCUAUUGGACUAAGUAGUUAUAAGUUGCAACUCCAACCAAAGAUUGUUUCAAGAUUGAAAUAAAAUACAUUAUGCUAUAAACAAGAA